CAGUGUUGCGUCAAGUCAAUAUGUCUGCGCCCAUGUGAGACGUUUCUUCAACAAAAUGUGAGAAGUUCUCCUGGUAUGGUGAUUAUUACGUGAAAAGCCCGAUUACCAGGAAGAAGCCGUGCCUUCCAUAAAGCCUAUGUCUGUCGAAAGCAUUGGCAACAGGUAUUUUUACAGACUCAAUAAAGAUGGCAUCUAAUGACCAGACUCCAAACAGCAGUGAUCUCCCAAGAGGGUUGAUAGGGAGGACGGGAACUCCAACUGCCAAGGGGGUCAGGUUGCCAUCACUUAGAGCUCCCAGGGAUUUGACUCUUGGAGGUGUAAAGAAGAAGACAUUUGCUCCCAAUAUUCCAGUGAGAAAAGACAGAAGCAAGGAAAGAAGUACAGGUGAAACUCCAGAACCUAAGCCUAGUCCUGGUAGUACAAGGAAAGAUAGAGGAGGGGGAGAUGGAGCUCGGGGAAGAGGGAGAGGACGAGGAAGGGGUAGGGGAAGAGGCAGAGGAGAGGUUUUGCAGUCCCAUUCAAUUUUUGAACAAGGACCUACAGAAAGGCUGCAAGCAAGAGGGUCAUCAGGCUACACUGAGACGAGAGAGAGAGGGGAUUCCUCAACAUCUAAACUUUCUGUGAAGAGGGAGAAGACAGAAAAUGAAGACACCAAAAGAAUACUGGAUAACUUGCUUCGAGAUGAUUUUAUAGAUUUUGGUGACAUGUCAGGUGCUGACGAGGGACUUAAUCCAGUGGCCUUACCUCUGGCAACCUCAGUGAAAAAAGAACCACAGUUGGAAACAGAUGCAAUAAAAUCUGAGCCAAUGGAGGUGGACGAGGAGGAUAAGACAAACAUUCCAACUGUGUCUUCAAAGCCUGUUAAGCAGGUGCCGCAGAAGCCAAAACCAGUAGAAAAAGAAAAAACCUGUUCAGAAAUAUUUGCUAAAGCUGAAAAAUCAGAGACAGGCCAGCUGUUAUUUUUCCACCUGCCUGACUCUCUGCCCGGUGUUCCCCCACCCAGGGAGGAGGCAGAGGUCAAGGGAAAAGAGGGGGCUUCGUCCACCAAAAUGGACACGGAUGAGGCCAAGUUAUGUGAUCAAAUGGGAAAAUCCAGCCUUCGGGACUUUUCAGAAGGUUACAUUGGGAAACUACAGGUGUUGAAGUCAGGAAAAACGAGAUUAAUGCUGGGAAAUGUCACUCUUGAUGUUGCCAUGGGAACACCAUGUGGCUUUUUGCAGGACCUUGUAUCAGUGAGGAUAGGAGAAGACGGCACCGGAGACAUGACGGUUUUGGGACGUGUAAAUGACAGACUUGUUUGUACACCAGACUUUGAAAGCCUUCUGAAUUCGCAGAGCAAAAGCUGAUAUUAGCCGGUCGUAUUUAAUGAUUUCAUAUCAUAAAUUGACAGGGCUGUUGAAAAUAGUGUGUGGAUUUCUUUUUCGCCACGCUUCAGAAUAUUUGCCAAAUUAUAUUCUCAUUGAAAUUGUCAAUUACAUAAUAGUUGAAACAUUUUCAAAGCAGAGAAGUAGUAAGAACAGGCUCAUGCAGUCAUGAAGUCCACUUGUUGGCGUUACAUGUGCAUUGAAUAUAUUAUUUUUAUCGGCAAUUUUGUUUUACAUGCGACAGAGAGUGAAUUCAAGUGUUUUGGCAUCGUUUUUUCCCGAGAGGACUUAUAGUUUCUUCCCAGAUAGAUGAGUUUAAUGUUAUAUCUAUUGGUUAUACGCCCUUUUUUAUAGCUGAUUUGAUCUUUGAUAUUUGAUAUUCUACCAGAUUUGGUUUGCCGUUAAAGGAAAAGAUCAAAACGAUGAUCUCAUAGUUUCAGAACUUUGAAAGCUGCAUUGGACAAUAAAGCGACAAAUAAGGCGA